ACUCGCUCAUCAAAUCUGAGAGGCAAAUGCAUUGUAGGAUCCCAGGUCAUCUAAUGAUGUUAAGGAUCUCCCAGGAAACGACCCCACUAUCGAAAAAUACCUGCACAGGCAUGUUCCAUUCCCAGUGUUGUUUUACGAUGAGAAGAGAGUAUUCCCUCUGAGACACCGAGAACCAUGGCGUGUUGACUUCAGCGAGUAGAAUGGGAGGGAGUAACUAGAUUUGAAGAACGAAUUCACGCCUCCUACGGAGCUUCCACAUCAUAGGUCGACAUCCCUAUUCACCAAAACUUCACCCGUGCCUGAAGUGAGCAAGUCGUGAUUAUAAACUGUUGAGUCAACUCCACGAUCAAGCUUGCAAAAUGGAGUCCGAAGAUGAGAUAUCGUUGCUGUCACCAGAUUGGGAAGAAGAUUUUUGUGAGUCGGGAAUUCAUCUGGGACUCAAACGAGAAAGCCUUGGCAAAACCGACUCUAGUGUUGAGCCUAAUAGACCCCCGGCCAAACAGUCAAGAGUUGUCUUUGCUGAUGUGCUUGAAAACGUGCACAAACAAGACUCAAAGCAUGAUCGGGCCCUAACCAAUCGCAGAAACAGUCACCAACCCUAUGUGCCUCCACCACCACCUCCACCUCCCGCUAUACGAAUAAUUUCAGCAAGUCCUCGUCCUUCGAAGCAUAUUUCUCACCAGUUAGGAGGAAGAGGGUUUCCAUUUGUAGGAGAAAGCAGAAGAAGGAAGUCAUCAGACGAUAGGAAAUUUCUGCCAUCAGCCUUAAAAGGUCCUGAUUCAGUGAAGAGUCUCAAGAGUACUCCAGCCCCUCAUCCGCCUGGAGCUGAACUCUCAAGAGACAGGCUAGACCCCGUUAACGGUUCUCAUGAGGGAUUUGGAAAAAGGAAAGCAAGUUUGCAGGCCAAAUCUCCGGACAAAAACGCCAAAGGUCCUGACCUCCACGGGUGUUUGAAGAAGAGCCCUGGCAAAGAGCUGCGAGUGGCGUUCUCAGAGCCGAUCGCUACAACAGAAAUCCCAGGGGCACCAGGACGGAGCGGUGCUGCUUGUGGCGGUGACGGUCACUUCCGCCCCUUAGGGCCCUCAAGUCAUGCGUCUGCGUACACGGCGUGUGUCCCGACCAGUGCUUGUAGUUCCGUUUUCUGCCCGUCAACGUCUGUCCUCUGUAGCACCUCAUGUUCAUCAACUUUUGGCAAGAAAACUUCAGCAGCCAUGAGUUUUUCUCCCAUCACAACGUUUGCGACAGAGCCCGGCGCUUCGGCCCAAUCUCCGCUCAGUCAAAACAUCGAACUGAGUACUCUAAAAUUUGCGGAUUCUCCCUCAGUUGAUGACAGUUUGUCUGACUGGUUUCUCGCCACAUCCUCCUCGUUCGUAAACUCUUCGUCUACGGGAUCUCAAUCAGUGUCAUCUAUCCCACAAAGUUCUAUCAUCACUUCGAGCGGGACUUCUAGAAAUUCGAACUCUGCUUCUCUCACAGAUACGUUUUUCUCCUCCCCUUCCCCUCUCACUCCGACACGAGUUAUAACACAACCACCCCCAUUACCCCAGACAUCACCAUCAUCGACAGCUGCAGGAGUUGUAACUUUACUAACUGAUGAGCGUGGUUGGAGCGGCGACAGCGGCGCGGGCGUAAACGGUAGCUGCACAAACAGCAAUUCCCCGAUCGUGUCCGAAUCCGCCCCAAAUGGCGACUCGUUCGUGGAAGAGAGGAGAGGGGGCGGCUCGGCUGUUAGGCCUGGCACUGUACCUUCGCGCGACGCUUCCCGCGCUAACAGUAUUCAUCGUCUGCAAGAUAUCAGCAAUUCUGUGCUUAGCCCGGACGCGGUGAGCGGGGGAGGCGGUGAUUCCAGCACAGUGCCUGCUGACAGCGGCCGCGAUGGAGGUUGUCAUAGAGGCAGUUACAGCGGCGGUGGUCAGCAGUGCGAAGAGAAUCGUAAUGGAUGCAACAAAAACAACAGCCAUGCUGUAUCUGCGGUUGGUUUAGCACGCGACACGGACCAAGAAGAUUCUGAGGACGGAUUUAGUGACACGCCGAAAUUUCAUCCUUCAAACUAUCAUUAUCACCACCGUCAUAGUUAUUCCUACCCUCACAGAACCGAUGAGAAUUUCAACCCAAGGGAUUUUCAUGGAGGUUACGCCGGGUUUGUGGACUCUGACCGCACGCAGAAUAGUACAAGGUACUCGCACCGCGCAAGCGUAGGGUGUGUCGGGGAUUUUAGUUCAAAACCACGAGAAGGAUACAACUUCGAGGGAAAUAACUACAACAACUACAACUACAACUACAACCACCACCAAUACUAUCAAGACCACCAGCCUCAACAUCCUCAGUAUUAUCAUCACGUCUACCAACAACAACAGCAACAGCAACAACAACAUCAAACUUAUGCAUAUCACUUUUUACAACAGCAACAACCAUCACAACAACAGUAUCAACAUCACUCUCAUCACCAUCAUAAUCAUCCGCACCAAUACCACCACCAGCAACAACAACAACAACAAUACAUUCACAACAACACUCCCUGCUCUAGUCACCCGGCGUUCAACUCAGAUCGCCGGCUCCCCGACUUCGUCACUAUCGACCAAUGCUACCGUGGGACGGACGAGACUGAAUGUAGCACCAUCUGUCUCAUCGCACAAUUCGACUCCGGCACCAACACUGGAACUGGAACCGCGACCGUCAGCAACGUACCCACCAGCACCAAAGAGGGGUCGGAACAGCAGCAGCAUCAUCAGCAACAGCAACAGCAACAGCAGCAGCAGCAUCAGCAGGGAGCGGACUGGAUCAGCACGCCAUCCAGCGGUCAACAUCUCACAUCGCGGCGUGGCGGCCCCGUGGAGCCCCCACCUCCUCCCCGGAAGGAGAGAGUCUCCUUGCGCCGAGGCAUCAUGAUGCGCCAGAUGUCCCUGAAUCCCACACACGAGCAGGAUAUACACGCCAUUGCAGAUAUACGAUCCUCUCACAUGAGCCAGCCUGAAGACAACCAUCACGCACCUGACUCCUGGGAACCCAACAACGUGGACAGCACCGGACCACGCCGCCUCAGCACCUGUUCCUUCUCCCGACACGCCGUGCACCCGACCCCGCCCACAGUCCUGCCCAUGGCCGCCCCCCCUGUCGUCCUGGUGGACGGGGCGGAACUAGAAACAAGGAGAGACAGUUCAGCUUCUCUGGGCAAGGACGUUGCACCAGUCGGCAACGAUUCUUUAGAGUGCCGACGGGGAAGCAACGUGCCCGAGCGCCAGCCUUGUCUACCACAGCAAUCGCCACAACAUCAGUAUCAGCAACAGCAGCAGCAGCAGCAUCAACAUCAACAGCAUGAACAACAACCUCAACAGCAACCUCAGCAGGGCUACGCAUCUCCAGGAACUAAGAUGAAAAUGAAGAACCUGGGUUUAUCAAAUGCUGCAAGCGCAAUGCGGUUUAGAUUAACCUUUGACGAGACGGCCGACGCGGCAGCAAACAAGAACAUCGAACUGCCUCCAGACGUUAACCCACAGGUGUUGACCACCAAACGCCCGUCGUGUAUUUGUGGGGAGCCGGAGCUCCCGCCAGCUGGGGGUCCGUUCCUUUUCUCCCAACCCCAAGACAAGACGAGUGGUGGGGAGGGACCAAACCACCAUGCCCCGCCCCCUCCGCAUACUUCAGCCUCGGACAGCGCCAUUUGUGGUGCUGCUGCACCUUCAUUGUUCCAGCCGCAACAAGCAGAGCACACGACUGCCUUCUCGGCUUCGCAUUCCUUCUACGCCCCUGGCUACCCACCCACGGGAAAUGCUCCGUACUCACCAUCCACAGGGGUUUAUCCUCUCAAGACGAGUCAUUCGUCUAUUCCUUAUAUUGAGACUCUCCAGCCUGAGGCCGGUAGAACGCCGGCCCUUGUUGUUUCCUCGCCGUCGCCAACGAAUAUUAACAGUGAACUAAUGUUAGACGAUCCACAAAAAGACAACAAUAUCUCCACAAUACAAACCCAGAACCAAACGGGAGAGCACCCGAAAGUGACAAUUUGCAUCUCCAACUCCCAGCAGUCGUUUAUUCCAUUUACGUGUGAUAGUCCAACCUUUGAGUCGGGUUUAGAAGAAAACAGUUAUAAUCUCAGCGACUUCAGUGACUCUCAUUACCACCAACACUCCAACCACAUCAACAACAAUAAUCAGUACGGGUUCAAAGACGGUUCAUCCCCCAUCAUGUUCCACGCUGAGCCCGGCUCGUCUGCUGCCUAUCACAACAGUCUGAUGAUGAACCAGGAUCAUCCGGACUUCGAUAUCGCCAUGGUAAAUGGUACUAUCCCAAUGGAAACGUCUCAGCUUUUAGCCAAUCAUCACAGUGAUUCUCAACCCCUGCUACCCCACCAAGACACUGUUUCGGCUCCACCAAUCCAAGAUUUAUAUCGCUAUCACGUGUUCUUCUCUCACUGUCCCGAAGACCGAGAGUGGGUGGAGCAUAUGGUCGCGCAUCUCGAAGCUCCACCCUUUAACUACACGUGCGCAUACGCGUCACUCCAAGACGAGGCCGACCCAGGGACGUUACAACAACGAAUCUUGUGCGCCGCCAUGUUGAGUGAGCGAGUGGUGCUCGUGCUUAGCUCAAAAUACGUGCAAGAUACAUGGUUUUCUUUCGAGAAAACGCUGAAGCAGCUCACCCAGAUGAGCCUGCAUAACCAGAGGAUCAUGGGAGUGCUGCUGGAGGACUGCGAGAUCCCCGAGUCUCUCGGAGAGUUAUAUUUCCUCGAUUCCUCAGAUCCGGAUUUCUUCCAUGUGUUCACGAAGCGAUUGAAAACAAGUCGUAUACCCCGGAGCAGCGCCUCAGUGAGUAGCGACCUUGGGCAGAACGCCGUAGCACCUGCAAGUGAGUACAUUCUUGAAUAUUAA